GGGGCCGGGCUGAAGAUGGGGGAGGCCCAGGCAGCCCCGGCCUGGGAGUGGGGCCGGCGGCCGGCAGGGCGAAGGGGACGCCCCGGCAGCUGGAGGCCCCGGCAGCCUCCUGGGCACCCCCGAGAGCCGGCCCGCCCUCCCUCCGUGACAGUAGAAAUGAUGGAAGAAUUGCAUAGCCUGGACCCUCGACGGCAGGAAUUAUUAGAGGCCAGGUUUACAGGGGUUGGCGUUAGUAAGGGGCCACUCAAUAGUGAGUCUUCCAAUCAGAGCUUGUGCAGCGUGGGGUCCUUGAGUGAUAAAGAAGUAGAGACUCCUGAGAAAAAACAGAAUGACCAGCGAAACCGGAAAAGAAAAGCUGAACCAUAUGAAACUAGCCAAGGGAAAGGCACUCCUAGGGGACAUAAGAUUAGUGAUUACUUUGAGUUUGCUGGGGGAAGCGGGCCAGGAACCAGCCCUGGCAGAAGUGUUCCGCCAGUUGCACGAUCCUCACCGCAACAUUCCUUAUCCAAUCCCUUACCGCGGCGGGUAGAGCAGCCCCUCUAUGGCUUAGAUGGCAGCGCUGCAAAGGAGGUGUCGGAGGAGCAGUCCGCUCUGCCAACCCUCAUGUCGGUGAUGCUGGCGAAGCCUCGGCUUGACACGGAGCAGCUGGCGCAGAGGGGAGCUGGCCUCUGCUUCACCUUUGUGUCAGCUCAGCAAAACAGUCCCUCUUCUACGGGAUCUGGCAACACAGAGCAUUCCAGCAGCUCCCAGAAACAGAUCUCCAUCCAGCACAGACAGACCCAGUCUGACCUCACCAUAGAAAAAAUAUCUGCACUAGAAAACAGUAAGAAUUCUGACUUAGAAAAGAAGGAGGGAAGAAUAGAUGAUUUGUUAAGAGCCAACUGUGAUUUGAGGCGGCAGAUUGACGAACAGCAAAAGAUGCUAGAGAAGUAUAAAGAACGAUUAAAUCGGUGUGUGACAAUGAGCAAGAAACUCCUUAUAGAAAAGUCAAAACAAGAGAAGAUGGCAUGUAGAGAUAAAAGCAUGCAAGACCGCUUGAGAUUGGGCCAUUUUACCACUGUUCGACAUGGGGCCUCUUUUACUGAGCAAUGGACAGAUGGUUAUGCUUUCCAGAACCUUAUCAAGCAGCAGGAAAGGAUAAAUUCACAGAGGGAAGAGAUAGAAAGACAACGGAAAAUGUUAGCAAAGCGGAAACCCCCUGCCAUGGGACAGGCCCCUCCGGCAACCAAUGAGCAGAAACAGCGGAAAAGCAAGACCAACGGAGCUGAAAAUGAAACGUUAACAUUAGCAGAAUACCAUGAACAAGAAGAAAUCUUCAAACUCAGAUUAGGUCAUCUUAAAAAGGAGGAAGCAGAGAUCCAGGCAGAGCUGGAAAGGCUAGAAAGGGUUAGAAAUCUACAUAUCAGGGAACUAAAAAGGAUACAUAAUGAAGAUAAUUCACAAUUUAAAGAUCAUCCAACGCUAAAUGACAGAUAUUUGUUGUUACAUCUUUUGGGUAGAGGAGGUUUCAGUGAAGUUUACAAGGCAUUUGAUCUAACAGAACAAAGAUAUGUAGCUGUGAAAAUUCACCAGUUAAAUAAAAACUGGAGAGAUGAGAAAAAGGAGAAUUACCACAAGCACGCAUGUAGGGAAUACCGGAUUCACAAAGAACUGGAUCAUCCCAGAAUAGUUAAGCUGUAUGAUUACUUUUCACUGGACACUGACUCGUUUUGUACAGUAUUAGAGUACUGUGAGGGAAAUGAUCUGGACUUCUACCUGAAACAGCACAAAUUAAUGUCGGAGAAAGAGGCCCGGUCCAUUAUCAUGCAGAUUGUGAAUGCUUUAAAGUACUUAAAUGAAAUAAAACCUCCCAUCAUACACUAUGACCUCAAACCAGGUAAUAUUCUUUUAGUAAAUGGUACAGCAUGUGGAGAGAUAAAAAUCACAGAUUUUGGUCUUUCCAAGAUCAUGGAUGAUGAUAGCUACAAUUCAGUGGAUGGCAUGGAGCUAACGUCACAAGGUGCUGGUACUUAUUGGUAUUUACCACCAGAGUGUUUUGUGGUUGGGAAAGAGCCACCAAAGAUCUCAAAUAAAGUUGACGUCUGGUCAGUGGGUGUGAUCUUUUACCAGUGUCUUUAUGGAAGGAAGCCUUUUGGCCAUAACCAGUCCCAGCAAGACAUUCUACAAGAAAAUACUAUUCUUAAAGCUACUGAAGUGCAGUUCCCGCCAAAGCCAGUAGUAACACCUGAAGCAAAGAGCAUGACAGCAUCGAUUCUCAUUGAGGAGAAGCCUUGGGCAGCUCUGGCCAGGCCUCGUAGGAAAAGGCCCCGCCCGAGGUUCCGGCGUCAACGGCCACUACGUGUGGCUGCUCUGAGUGAGGAAAAAAUGAAAAAGAAAAACUGGUUCCAUGUACUGUGAACUUGAAAACAUGCAGACUCAGGGGGGUCCCUGAUGCAGUGCUUCAGAUGAAGAAUGUGGACUUGAAAAUACAGACUGGGCUAGUCCAGUGUCUAUAUUUAAACUUGUUCUUUUCUUUUAAUAAAGUUUAGGUAACAUCUCCUGAAAAGCUUGUAGCACAAAGGCUCAGCUGGGGAUGGUGUUUGACUUCGGAGGAAAAAAAGUUGCUAUUGCCCGUUAAAGGCACUAGAGUUAGUGUUUUAUCCCUAAAUAAUUUCAAUUUUUAAAAACAUGCAGCUUCCCUCCCCCCUUUUUUAUUUUUGAAAGAAUACAUUUGGUCAUAAAGUGAAACCCGUAUUAGCAAGUACGUGGCAAUGUUCAUUCCAGUCAGAUGCAGCUUUCUCCUCCGUCUGGUCUCCUGUUUGCAAUUGCUUCCCUCAUCUCAGUAGGGAAAACGUCGAGUGGCAGGACUGAGAUGUGUGGGGCUUUGCCAUUGGACAAAGAACGAGGUUAGAAGCCCGCAGCUUGGAGUCUCUAGGUUUUCAACUAUUUCUUCACAAUUUGAACACUUGACGGUUGUCCCUUUUAAUUUAUUUGAAGUGCUAUUUUUUUAAAUAAAGGUUCAUCUGUCCAUGCA